AUGGAUAAACCAGUAAAAUUGGCGAAAGUGACGAAGAUUCUUGGACGUACCGGUUCACAAGGGCAGUGUACACAGGUACUUGUUGACUUCAUAGACGAUCCUUCAAAUCGGUCAAUUAUCCGUAACGUAAAGGGACCAGUUCGAGAGGGUGACAUUCUAACAUUGUUGGAAGCAGAAAGGGAAGCCCGUCGACUUCGUUAA